AUGAAACUCAGCCUCGUUUUAUGGAUCCAGCAAUGCUAAAAGGAUAAAUUCCAUAACUAUGGCUUCUUUAUUCUAAAUUUUAAGCAUGUGUAAAUGCCCAAUCAGACAAUUAAGCAAAUUAUAAACUUCUCGCUGAGCUUUUUAUGGAAGUAAGAUCUGCAUAAAUGGAGAAUUCUAAAUGAAGAAUUAAAUGUUAAUUCAAUUUCCAAAAAUAUGAAAGUAAAUUAGGGCAGCUAUUAUUAAGUAAUAUUUUAGCUAGAGAAUUAAGUAAUUAGUAUAUCAGUAAGGCAAUGA